UUCGGACGCGAGCAACACAGGGAACGACAGCGACCGACAGACCGUGGACGGCACACGCACGAUGACGGAAUUCUUGCACCUGGCGUCGCAAGAGCAAUGGACGACGCUUGAACAAUGCUUGGACGGAUACAAUGGCGACCUGCUCAUGGAGGAUGAAGAGGGAGACACGGUGUUCAUCAUGGCGUGCUGCGCCGGCACUCUCCGCUUAAUAUCGCUCUUGCUGGAACAUCGACAAGCAGAAUCGUUUGUAAACAAAACGAACCAGAAUGGAUUUUCAGGAUUUAUUUACGCAUGCAUUCGUGGAGACGGAGACAUUGUGGCCCUGCUGCUCAACACUCCCUUUGUCCAAGUCAACUUGGCCGACAACGACUCCAUGACAGCUCUGAUGUAUGCCUGCGGGAGCCGAGAUGAAGGGUUGCCAAAGAUUGUCGCCAUGUUGCUGCAAGACCCCCGCGUCGAUGUGCAUGCGGUGGAUUUGGCCGAUUGCACAGCGUUCAGCCAUGCAUGUAAAGCAGGCGAGCUCGCCGUCGUCGCUCCAUUUCUUAGUCAUCCCACAGUGGACUUGAACCAUGCCGACAAGGAAGGAAUGACGGGCUUCAUGUACGCCUGCGAAGAUAGCAACGCACGACUAAUGCAGUUGCUCAUGAACCAUCCUGGCGUGAACGUGAAUGCCACCAACCAAGUCGGGAUGUCGGGAUUUCUCAUGGUGUGCCGCAACGGCGAUUUUACGCUCAUUCGGGACAUGAUGGAGCAUCCCAAGCUGAAAGUGAACCAAGAAAACAACGACGGAUGGACCGCGGCGGACUUUAUUUCGUGCAAAUUGCACUGUGCCACCCACGCGAACGAUGUUCCUGACGAAAACGACGCGAUCGUCGACUCGAUCGGGCGCAUCCUCCGCCGCGGCGGCUCCAUGAAGCACCAAAUGAUGACCGUGGCGUGCAAGGGCGAAUGCAAAGGCUCGAUCAUGAACCUGUCCGAGUGGGCACACGACAGAAAAUGGGACGAAAUCGAAAGCCAGCUGCGCGCGGGGUACUUGGGCGACAUCAACAAGACGUUUCGGGGCACGGCAUUGCUUGAGCGGUGUUGUAAUGCUGGGAAACACGACCUCGUGGAGCUCAUUCUUCAGCACAAAGGCAUUGACGUGGAUGCGCUCAACAACAACCGCAACUCGGCGCUGGAUGUGGCCAUGAGUCGCAAUCGUGAAGAGUGCGUCAAGCUGUUGCUGGCCGCUGGGGCUGAAAUUGAACACGGACCGAAACAGCAACCAGGGGCAACUCGGGCGCGCAAGCUGUCCAAGGAUGGCGAUCGAAGUCCGACCAAAGGCAACGACGCUAUUCGAACCCUCGUUGAAAAUGAAGUUCGCAAGCGCGCCGAGUUUCCGCUGCACUGCUGGCUCGAAUACCGAAAACUCGACAAGUUCCACGAUGCGCUGCAGACUGUGACCGUGUCAUUGGACCUCACGGAUCAAAACGGCAAAACCGUGCUGAUGAUGGCGGCUGAAGCGGGAUGGGUCGACAUUGUGCGGGUUCUGCUGCAGCGCGGCGCCGAGAUUGAUUUUCAACAGCCCGAAGUGGAACCUGACCUUCCAACUCUGCUGGGCGAUGGCAUCAAGGGAAAGACCGCGCUGGUGUUUGCCGGACUCAACGGCCACUGUGCUGUCGUGGAUGUGCUUCUCUCACACUUGGCCGACAUGGACAUCAUGUACAUGAACGAGGCGGACAAACUCGAGUACUCGAUCCGCGACCUCAUUCAAGACAAGCUGGAUGCCACCAACACGGUCGACUCGUCCCUAGUCAAGUGCCUCGAGUUGCUCGAAAAGGAAGCGGUCUACCGAGCAAGUUCAUCCGUGUACGUCGAGAAACUUCGGUCGAAGCUGCAAGCAAUGGCGGAUGACGCCCCGUUUGACGAGUCGCUGUUCCGACGCGCGAUCAACACAGACCCAAGCCUCGGUCGGCUCUUCCUCAACGACUGCCUUCACCCCGACCGCCACGAGCUCGGCUUUUCCAAGCUCGAAAUCGUGUACGGUGUCAACAACGUCCACACGAGCGCGCUGUACUCGAUCCUUCGUCUCGACUCACCCAACUCAGACUACAUGUUUCGAGCCAAGAAGCUCCUUGAGCAUGUUGUCAUGCAGCGCGUGCUCCAUCUCAAGUGGGAGUUUUUCGCCCAGCGCAUGUUUAUCGAGCAGCUGCUCAUCUACAUUGUUUUGAUUGCGUCGAUGACGAUUUCGGUCACGCUGCACGGAUCGAGUCCAACAAACGAGUUGGUGCCGAUGGAAGUCGCGGUGUGGCUCACCGUGAUUGUGUUUGCCUGCCUUGGGUUUUCCGUCGCUCAGAUGCUGCACCCGAAACCCCUGUGGCGAUUCGCGCGAUGUCUGUAUGAUGGCCAAGUCCAGUUUGACCCCCGGUUGAACAUUCCCAACCUCGCGUUGCUGAAGCUGCGUGCCAAGUGGAUCAUGGCAGGCGUCGUUGUCGUCGGCACCCCCGCGUUGACGGCACCCAUGGUGUUAUGGGUCCUUCCCCGCGUCGCGAGUGUCGCAGGCGACGCGUUCACGCUGGGGGCCAAGAUCGCGAUCAACAUCGUGCUGUGGAUCACGACAGGGUACUUUCUCGUCCUCGAGUGGAAAGAGUUUCGCGGGGAAAGCGGCCUCACGUGGGUCUACCGUUGGUUUGGUGGGACGAAAUCGACGUCGGACUAUGACGACUUGCCGACGUCCGUGGCGUCUAUCGAGUCGUAUUCUUCUGCAAUGACGGCCAAGACGAGCUGGAAGUAUUUUGAAUCGGCCGUGAAUCGCUGGCAGAUCGUUGCCUACGCCGUCGUCCUUGGUGUGUACGUGCCGUAUGAGCUCGGGGCGUCCAUGUUCAUUCCCGAGCACGCGAUGCUCUGCAUUGGAUGCACCCUCACGCUUGUCCUGUGGAUCCUCUCGCUCCAGUACUUUGCCGUGUUUCGGACGGGCGGGUACCUCUUGCCCAUGAUGUCGGGCAUCUUGCAAGACGUGUGGAAUUUCCUGUCGAUCUUUAUGGUCGUCCAAUGCGCCAUCACGUGCGCGUUCUACCAACUCUUCCACGGGUAUGACGACUCGGGAUACGAAACGCUGUGGCAGGCGUUCACCACGACGUUCUUUGUGCUGUUUGGCCAGUUCAACACGAAUAUGUGGACGCAUGAUCCGUUGGUGCCGGCGAUGGCCGACCCUGUCGUGAAUGCGUUCUCGAUGGCGCUGCUGCUCUUCCACGCCACGACGGUCUCUGUCCUCCUUGUCAACGUCCUCUUGGCUACCAUGAAUCGAACGGUGGACAGAGGUCUCGACCUGUCCAAGACGGAGGCGCUGUGGAGCUAUGCCGAGUGCAUCCUGCGCAUGGAAGUGACGUUCACGAGCCAUCAACGGGACCGCGUCAUUUUCCUCGAUACAUCUGGCCCCCCACAAACCAUGGGCCGCCGCCAUAUUACGGUGUGGCGCCAAAGCACGACCCACAGCUCGUUGGACGAAUCGGCGCCCCUUGUGGCCAAGUUGUCCAGGCGAGGAGUGUCUUCGUUCCGCCAGCGCGCUGAAGUCAUUGGGGUGCUGAACCCAGCAUUCGACGAGACCGUGCCGAAAGCCGCGCUCUCGAUCGGCGAAGAGGACGCGCAGGUGAUUAAAGGACUGGAGGAAACGAUUAAGGACUGGGAUACGGCGCUGGACGAGCUGCACACGACAACGAUCGGCGAACUGGAAAAGGUCCGGACGUCGAUCAAGCACACGAACCACUUUACCAAAACCGCCAUGUUCACCGAGGAACUCGAGUACUUGACCCGGACAAAGCGCAAAAUCGCAGACAUCUUUGCCGACGCAACCAAGAAGCGCGCGCCCGAGUCUAUGGACAAAGCGAAGCGCAUCCACGAACUAGACAAACGGGUGCAGCACGAGAUGGCCGACCUUGUGAACCAACACGCCAAAGUCGUCCAGAACGUGUCGUCCGUCAUGUUUUACCAAAUCGUACACGGCAUCAAACUGACCGACGCAGUUGCCCGAUGCGUGCGCACGAUUCAGACAUCGUUCGUGGCCGUCAAGGACAAGUUUACGCGGGAAGCGAUGGAGGAGCCGACGCUGAGCGACGUCCAACGGUCGACGGAAGCUCGACUCGACACCAUCAUCCACAGCGUUCGAAGUCACUCGUUGGUGCUGAAAUCGGUUGCCGACAAGGUUGACGGCGGAUCCGUGGACGCCAAGCUCAUGGCGAUGCGAGACGAACUGGCGUCGAUGAAAGCCGAAAUGAACGCCCAGCAAGCCAAGAUGCAGCUGCAAUUGGACCUGAUUGUGCGACUGCUGUCCGAGUCCUCACGUGCCGCGAUCGAAUAGACCAUGCGAUAUCUUGUCGCGUAAGAUGAUUGUUGCAUCCACGACGACGACGGCUUGCAGUAGUGUACCCCUCAUAAAUUUGACAAGACCUCUGCGCCAUGCAUCGGCCAUACACGUUCAGCUUCGAGAACUUGGAGAAGCUGACAAAUGCGACGGCGAUGAUGGAUGGACGCAACGUAUCCACCCGCUACUGGCGGUGUCGCCAUGGCGCCGACCUCCCUCGGCCUCUAUUCGCACGGCCGUUGGCAUGCCGCCGCGAAAUCGACACCGCCAAACAACUUGAGUGUGGGUAGGGACUUUGGUGGUGGCAUGCGUUUGAAGCACCGAGUCGUCCCAUCAAGCACGUUAUCCUCCCACACCAGUUUUCAGACCAGUCAGCCGUUCUUUCGCGACCAGACCGCUAUGCAUAUGCAUCAUCCACCUGUCCCAAGAAGAACAAAGAGCGUCCUUGGUGCAGCUACGUCGUCUGGUGGUGCUACGGCGUGGCGAACUGGCAUGGCUUUGGCUGCAAAACAGAUCGGUAUGAACCUUGCUGCAGCAUGCACAAGGAGUCUGGGGUGUCGAACUGAAUCCUGUCAGUUUGUGCAAGGGUGCUGGUGACGAGGCGCGGCUCGCCGAUCACACAUGCACCGCGCGGUGGAAAAAAGCCGUACGGUGCAUGCAUCGCUAUGGAGCGUUCAAGUCAAGAUUCUAGUUCAGUUUACGCAAAGAAGGGGCCGACAGUGUCUUGCAGCGACGGGGAUUGAAACACAAACUCGUUGCCCGUGAUGAGUUCGUACAGCAAAAUGUACCGGCGCGAGAGUUCGUGGACCAAGUCCUUGGGAGCUUCGG